AUGCUGCCGGUAAUAUUCGCUUUGGUAUGUUAUGUCUCUUCAAAUGUGAUUGCGGCUCCAACUCCAGUCGUGAUAUGGCAUGGAUUGGGCAAGUUCCAUUUAAUACGAUCGAGUGUUUUUAGGGGAUUCUUGUUGCAAUCCUUUGAGCAUGGGAAGAAUAAAGAAAAUCAUUGAACAAAAUGGCCCCGAGGGGGUAUACGUAAAAAGCUUAAUGUUUGGUUCGAAUAUUGUAACGGUAUGUUUUUAAACGUAUUUAAUAAAGAUUAGGACACCGAGAAAGGGUUCUUUGCAAACAUGAAUGACCUGGUAGAUGAGGCCUGCGAUCAAUUAAAGAAAGACCCCCGAAUCAAGGGAAGCUAUCAUUCGGUCGGAUUCAGUCAAGGAGGACUUUUUCUGUGAGUCCAUUGCAACAAACAAAAUGUUUUUAGACGUGCACUGGCACAACGUUGCGAUUAUCCAGUUCCCAAAUCUGUUGUCUCUAUUGGAGGCCCUCAGCAUGGAGUUUUUGGGUUACCCCAUUGCCCUGCAAGUGCCGGAAUCUGCAAUACAGUCAGAAGAUUGCUAAAUCUGGGCGCUUAUGUCGGAUUUGUCCAGAAUACGUGAGUUGGCCGUUAAUAAUAUCAGGAAGUAUGAAGUAUUGAUUCUUGAAAAACCAUUUCAGACUCGUACAAGCUCAAUAUUGGGAUGAUCCCUACCUCCGUGAUGACUUCAAGAACAAAAACAUAUUCCUGGCUGAUAUUAAUUGCGCAAGAGUAAGAACAGAAAAGUCAUCAUACCGUUGUCCUUUAGGGGUGUAAUCAAACCAAAUACAAGCAGAAUCUUUCCCGCCUUGAGAGUUUGGUCCUGGUAAAGUUUUUGAAAGAUACGAUGGUCGUUCCAAAAGAUUCAGAAUGGUUUGGGUAUUAUCCUGACAAUAACACCACUGCCAUCGUCGAUUGGACGGACUCUUAUCUUUACAAAGAGGUAGAUCAAAAUAUUUUACGGUAUCUUGUACUUCUAGGACCCAAUUGGAUUGAGAUCUCUGGACGAAGAAGGAAAACUCCAUUUCCUGACUGUGGAUGCGGACCAUUUAAGGAUUACUACCGAAUUUUUCAUUGAUGAAAUUAUAAAGAAAUAUUUUAAUUGA